AUGUAUAUAUUCUGCCGCUCGCGCCGACCGCCCGCGGGCAUGGCGACUACAGGCAGCGCAGCGGGCCGCAGGGACCCGGGACGACCCUGCCCCUUCUCCAUCGAGCACAUCCUCUCCAGCCUGCCGGAGCGCAGGCCCUCGGCGAGGCCACUGCAGCCCGUCGGUGGCCGGAACCCCGCCGAGCCCGACGAACCCGAGGCGCCCGCCGCCGCUGCGCCCUGCGCCUGCUGCUGCUGCUGCGGCCCGCGCCCCGUGCCCCGCGGAGCCCCGGAAGCGGCCUCCGGGCAGGGCGUGCGCUUAGCGUGGCCGCUGAGGCUGGCGCCGGCGCCGCCCUCCCCCUUGACGGCGCCCACCGCGGGUUCCCCGGCGCCCACCGGCCCGAGCGGCCCCGGGCCGCAGCGGCGCACGCGGCGCCACCGUACCAUCUUCAGCCAGGAGCAGCUGCAGGCGCUCGAGGCGCUCUUCGUCCAGAACCAGUAUCCCGACGUGGGCACGCGCGAACGCUUGGCGGUCCGCAUCCGCCUGCGGGAGGAGCGCGUGGAGGUCUGGUUCAAGAACCGCCGGGCCAAGUGGCGACACCAAAAGCGUGCUUCAUCAUUGAGGCUCCUGCCUGGGACCAAGAAGCCUCCAAAGGAGAGCUGUUGA